CAGCAGAUGAGGCUGUAUUUCCCGCCAUCCCGACCGAUCGUUGCCGUGGUACGCAUCUGCGCGGAUGACGGCGCACAGCAUCGGUUGCGGUUUGACUGCGGCCCGGGGUCGCAGGAGAUUUCUGCAUAUAGUAAUGCAGCAUGCCGUGCUUUUUGGUGUUCCCUGGGCGGAACGAAAAUAGGUUAUCCGGAACUCUAUCCACACUACACGUGGUCCAACCAACGAUCCAUGAUCGCCGGGGAACCUGAAUGUUGGACGUCGAGUCCUUGCCCGCCAGAGCCAUGACAACAUCGACACACGUCUUCGCACCGGCUGCUGCGUGGGAAUACCUCGCAGCUGUCGGUCGCACAGCAAUGUAUCGUCCAGCUGCCAGUUGUUGCAGAGCACGUAUUGCCAUGGGGUGUCACGGACGGGCACCGUGUUCACCCAAGUGUGCAUUGAAGGUGAGAAUAAGAGCAAUACGUGAAAAUAUACCUCCAUUGUUCGAGACAAUCGCAUCCGUGGGACUUGGCAUGUGGUGGUGUCGCAUGCUCGACAUAUACACACACGUAUACUCUUCAACCACAGCAGCACAAGUCCAAUGCAGUCAGGCCAGUCGGUGCUCCGGAUUCGACAGCAACAGACAAGGUGUCUCUUCCGACGCCCCUCUCCAAUCAAUCUUCUUCCCUUGUGGGAACGCAGAGGUUCUCGUGGGGAAGGCAUUGAGAAACAAGGAAGUAAUGCAUCGGUUGAACACGUAAUAGGCGUACACGUCGGUCCGCGAGAUGGGAUCCUACAGGAGGCAACCAAAAGUAUGUGAUACAUGAUCUGGUCGCCUUAAUGACUCGCAUGCCCUUUGGCGGAGUAAUCGGGCAGGAUGCAUCCAGGUUGUCGCAGUUUAAUAUCGUCAGAUGCCAGGCGUCGUCUCUGCCUUGGACCAGAGCCAUCAUCGCAGCAGGUUUCUCUCUGCCGCGUUGACGCAAGGCUGCGGGUGUGGUGGACGGGGCGAUAGGCCGCCUUGAGACAGAUGUGUCGCGCAACAUGUGACAACAUUGUGCCUUGUUCCUCUUUGCGACAGCCUCUGCAUCAUGGGUGCUUGGUGGUUGCCAACC